AUGAAGCGGAAAUUAGACAACCGUAUACGUAUUCUCAUAGAAAAUGGAGCUGCUCUGGGGCACAGAACCCUCAUGGUUUUGGUGGGAGACAAGAGUCGGGACCAAGUUGUAUUUUUGCAUCACAUGCUCUCCAAGUCGAGCCUAAAACAAUCCAACGUUCUCUGGUGCUACAAGAAAGAGCUGGCUUUCUCCUCCAAUAAGAAGAAGAGGAUGAAGCAACUCAAGGCCAGGUUAAGGACAGGACUGGCAGAGAUCAAUGAAGAUGAUCCCUUUGAAAUGUUUGUCUCCAUGACAGACAUCAGAUACUGCUUCUACAGGGAAACACACAAGAUACUGGGAAACACUUACAGGAUGUGUGUGUUGCAGGACUUUGAAGCCUUGACUCCAAACAUAUUGUGUCGCACCAUAGAGACUGUGGAAGGUGGCGGCCUCAUUGUGAUACUUCUGCAGACUGUUACCUCACUGCGGCAGCUGUAUGCACUUAGCAUGGAUGUACAUGCUCGCUACCGCACCGAGGCUCACCGAUAUGUGGUACCCAGGUUCAAUGAAAGGUUCAUAUUAUCCUUGGCCUCGUGUACAACCUGUGUGGUGAUGGAUGAUCAACUCCGCAUCCUGCCAGUCUCAUCUCACUUACGAGACCUCCAGCCAGUGCCUCCAAUUUCAGCCAGUACCCCACUCUCUCCUCAAGAUAGUGAGCUCAAGGAUCUUAAAGAGUCACUUAAGGAUAAUCCUCCAGUAGGAUUGUUGGUGGAUCUCUGUAAAACUUUAGAUCAGGCGAAGUCAGUACUGCAGUUUAUCGUGGCUAUCACAGAAAAGACUCUGCGUACUACUGUUACACUGACUGCUGCCAGAGGUCGAGGAAAGUCAGCAGCACUUGGAAUAUCAAUUGCUGGUGCAAUUGCCUUUGGUUACUCCAACAUCUUUGUUUCUUCUCCGAGCCCAGAGAACUUGAACACACUUUUUGAGUUUGUUGUGAAAGGCCUGAAUGCCAUGGGUUAUGAAGAACACCUCAACUAUGAGGUUCUACGCUCCACUGACCCACAGUUCAAGAAGUGUGUGAUGAGGGUGACUGUGACUCGUGAUAGACACCAAGUUAUCCAGUAUAUUACACCUAACGAGAGCAACACUCUGGGUCAAGCUGAGCUUGUAGUAAUUGAUGAAGCUGCAGCUAUUCCCCUGCCACUUGUUCGCAAGCUUCUGGGCCCAUACCUGGUGUUCUUGUCAUCUACCGUGUCAGGCUAUGAAGGCACAGGCAGGUCCCUCUCCCUCAAGUUGAUAGAUCAGCUCAGAAACCAAGCCAAAGGCAAGGCUACAGACUCUAGUGUUUCUGAUAAGAAGUCAGCAACAGCAGAGCUUGGUAGAAGACAGGAUUAUUACACUACUUGUAAACAGAUAACUCUGGAGGAGUCUAUACGAUACAAGAUUGGUGACCCAGUGGAAGCUUGGCUGCACCAGCUGCUGUGCCUGGAGGCCUCUCUCUCCACCCUCCCUCCCACCUUGCCACAACCCAACGAAUGUCAGCUCUUCUAUGUCAACAGAGAUACCCUCUUCGGUUACCAUAAGGUGUCUGAGAAGUUUUUAAAGGCCGUGAUGGGACUACUUGUGUCAUCACACUACCGUAACACACCUGAUGACUUGCAGACACUCUCUGAUGCUCCGGCACAUCACCUCUUUGUCUUGCUCCCACCACAAGAUCAAACUAAAGGAGAUGCUUUACCCUCAGUGCUUUGUGUUAUCCAGGUAGCACUGGAAGGUAAGAUAUCCAAAUCUUCAGUGUUGUCUGCACUGACUCAAGGAGAAAAGCCAGCAGGAGACCUUAUUCCAUGGACAGUCAGUAACCAGUUCCAGAACCAUGACUUUCCACAGCUCUCCGGGGCUCGUAUUGUUCGCAUUGCUACACAUCCUAACAUACAGGGACAAGGAUACGGGAGCCAGGCAUUGUCUCAGCUGUGCGACUACUAUGCUGAGGCAGCUGUCCAUGCAGACUAUACCGACACUCCAACACCAGAAGCAAACCAUCCAACUUUAAUACAUGAUGAUCAGGUUGGGUUGUUAGAAGAGAAGCUUGGACCCAAUACCCAGCCCUUGUCCCUGCUUCAGUCGUUGUCUGAGCGAUCACCUGAGGCUCUCCAUUACUUGGGUGUGUCUUACGGUGCCACUCAACAACUACUCUCAUUCUGGAAACGUGCUGGUUUCUCUCCGGUAUAUCUGAGCCAGAUGUUCAACAGGGUAACAGGAGAACAGACAGUGAUAAUGCUGAAAGUCUUAGGAGAGGAUAAAGAGUCACGAGAAACAUCAUGGCUGGCUGAUCUCUGGUUUGAUUUCAGGAAAAGGCUAAUUACUCUUCUGGGCUUCUCUUUCAAGAAUUAUGAUUGUAAAUUUGCUCUUAAUAUUCUUACCAACAGCAUCUAUAAGAGAAAAGAAGAGCCCAGCAUCUGUGAACUGGAUUUACACCUGACUUCUGGAGACGUGCUGAGGUUAGAUAUGUUUCUGCGACAUCAGUGUGAGGCUCCCCUCAUUGCUGACAUUGUGCCCACUCUCGCUAGACUCUACUUCCUCAAGAAGAUUCGUAAUUUUAAAUUGAAACCUGUGCAAGCUGCUGUGUUAUGUGGUGUUGGAAUACAGAGAAGAUGACUCACACAGUUGCCACAGAGCUGGGAGUGGAGCACAGCAUUGUCCUCAGCCAGAUGCACACCCUCAUCUCUGACCUCACAAAGCAGAUAAAAAGAAUACGGCAGAUAGCUGAAAAGAAAAGUUUGGAGAAUUCCACGGAAGAGCCGGAAGUGGAUCAAAAUGUUAUGAAGGACCUUACUCUGAGCUUGAAGAAUAGUGCCCAG